AUGGAGCUUCACGAAGGGGCCGCUGCAACAGGAGACUGUGUACUGGAUUUGUCUCGCCUCAAUCUCAGCACUUUGAAUGUGGACACUGUCAGCGACGAGAGAAAGGGUGACACAAAGCAGCUGUAUCUGAACAACAACCGGCUGGUCUCACUGCCCUCCUCAAUGUGCCAGUUUAACAAGCUCGAGUUCCUGGACAUUAGCAAUAACGGGCUGACGAGCCUGUGUGAGGGCAUUGCACGGCUAACCAGGCUAAGGACACUGCUGGCAAAGAACAACCGACUGACCGAGUACUCUCUGCCCAAAGGCUUUGGCUCUCUGCAUCUGGAGGUGCUAAACUUCAGUGGAAACCGAUUCGAGGAGGUCCCUCUCCAGUGCACCCAGAUGCUGCGUCUGCAGUCGCUUUCAUUCGGUGGAAACAGACUCAAAACUAUCCCCCCUGAGAUAGAAAACUUGAAGAGUUUGGAGCUGCUGUAUCUCGGUGGUAAUCUCAUCAACUCCAUUCCUCCUGAAGUGGCUAAUCUGCCUUUUCUGGCAUACCUGGUUCUUUGUGACAAUCGCAUCCAGAGUGUGCCCCCACAGCUCACCAGAUUGCACUCUCUGCGAUCUCUGAGUCUACAUAAUAAUUUGCUCACCUAUCUGCCUCGAGAGAUUCUCAGCUUGGUCCACCUGCAAGAACUCAGCCUUCGCGGCAACCCUUUGGUGGUGCGCUUUGUCAAAGACAUGACAUAUGACCCACCUUCACUUUUGGAGUUGGCAGGACGUACUGUCAAGAGCCGAAAUAUCCCAUAUUUUCAACAUGAGCUGCCAGACAAUUUGUUUCGCUAUCUGGAUUUGGCCAGCAAGUGCCCUAACCCUAAAUGUGCUGGUGUAUAUUUUGAUUCAUGUGUGCGUCACAUAAAGUUUGUGGACUUCUGUGGGAAAUACCGGCUGCCGCUGAUGCACUACUUGUGCUCCCCGGAGUGCACGUCGCCCUGCAGCUCCAACCCUCAGAGCGACGCGGAGUCGGAGGACGAGUCCAGCGUGCCGGCCGACCGGCUGCAGAGGGUGCUACUGGGAUAG